AUGACGAAUCUGACGGCUGAGGAAUUGUUUUUUGAGGAAAAUUGUCGACCAUGGAUGCCCGAAUUUUCGAGGUUUGUUUGAUAGAAUCAUUGUGGUGGUUCAAGAAAAAAUAGAUCAUAAGGUACUUUUAAAGAAAAAAAAUUUGUUUUAAUUUUUCAACUUUCACAGCUCAGGCUCAGGUUUGUUCAAACAGUUCUCUAGAUUUCUGAAUUGAUCCAUCAAAUCUGAAGUUGAGUUAUGACGUGGCAAAAUUUAAACGUGAUUUUUUGAUUUUCCAGGCUAAAAAUAACAUCAAAAAGAUUUUCAUUUUAAUUAAUUUGGAAUUCGGAGACCUUUUCACGAAAAAUAAAUGUUUCCAAUUAUUUUUGAGGCUUCAUAAAUUGUCUAACUUUGCCACGUCAUAACUCAAAAUUGACCGGCGCAUUAAAAAAAUCUUUAAAAAAUUUUUUUUUUCGAAAUUCCCAUUUUUUCAGAAUUCUAAUAGUUGGCGUAAUUGGAGCUGCAAUUGCUCCGGUAUCAGUGAUUUUCAACAUUUUCCUAUUUUUUGUACUUUAUCGAAAUCCACGUCAUCGAAAUUCUCAUCUAAUUUACCUCAUGUUCCUCGCCAUCGCUGAUACAUUUUUAUCAGGUAUUUCGAUUUUUUUUUAAAUUUUUGUUAGAGAAAAAAAUUUUUUUUUUCAGCUGCAUACGUGUUACUAUUUCCUGUAAGUAUUUAUAUGGAUUGGUUUGAGAUUGAAUUAUUAGCAAUGGCUUGGUUCAGUUAUUUGAGAAUUAUGAUCACAAUUUCGCAUAUUUUCAUAACAACUUCAGCAUUUUUAAUUUGUGCCGCGGCAUUUGAAAGGUUUGUUCUAUGUUAUUUUUCUGCAUCAAAGUUCAAGCCAUUAAUUAGUUAUUCAUUUUUCAAAAUUAAUUAUCAUUUGCUUGGUCUUUCAUUUUUGAAUGAUCAAUUUUUAGAUACAUUAUGAUAUCAAAAAUAUCUUGUCAAUUUGCUCGAAAUCAUCGACUUAUCAUUAUUGUGUCAUGUUUGAUUAUUGCUACAGUAACCAAAGCUCCGAUUUAUAUUGAGAAUCAAAUUAUAAGGAAUUUGAAUUGUACAGGAGUAACUUAUUGGACAGUUACUUCAAAUACUUAUGGAUAUGGUUAUGAUACAAUAUAUAAGGUAGAGAAAAACAUAAUUUUGAAGGAGAAUGUGAUUUUAUGUACAGCCAAAGCUUGAAGUAGUAAAUUGUGUAAAUUUUUUUCAGUUCUGGGUUCGUAAUGUUGUCACAAUCAUUCUCCCAUUCAUAAUAUGUUUCUACUUGAAUUUUGCAAUCAUGAAUCGCCUUCGAAUUCAACAUGUUGGAGCAAAACUGUUCCGAUUCGCUACAUCGGAACAUCGACAAAAUAUUCGGGCAGCAACAUUGAUGUUAGUUGCUGUAACUUGCACAUAUCUUCUUUCAAAUCUACCCAAUUUUAUCACAAAUACUAUUGAAUUUAUUGAUAAGGUAGGCUUUUUUUGGCAAAUUGCAAAUUAUUUGAAAUGAAAAUCAUUUCAGGAAUAUUUGAGCAGCGAAGAACAUCGUCCAUUUUAUACAAUUGUCACUGAUAUGAUAUCACUUUUGACAGUUUUGGCGAGUGCUUGUCGAUUACCGAUUUAUUUUGUUUGCAAUGCGAGAAUUCGUUGUGAAAUUCUGGACUAUUUUGAUAAUUGUAUUCUGAUUUAUUUCAAUGUCAAACCGUAUGCAGUGAGUUUUUGAUUAUAUAUUUUUCACAGGAUUUUCUUAAAGUUUCAGACUGAAAGUACAAAACAACGAUGUCGAGCUACAACUGUUCGAUAUUGUGAUACUGGAAACGGAUAUAUGAUUUAUGAUGUGAGUUUUUUCCCGCUUGAUCUCUGAAAUCAACGUUUCCUAGAAAACUCUCUAUCCAUAUUUUAUUUGUUAAUCCGAGUUUCAGACAAAAACAGAAGAUCCAGUACCUCAACCAGUGGUAAGAUGAAAUGUUUUUUUUUACUUCUUCUCAUGAAUUUUUUGUAACCUUGUAGUUGCUUUCUUCUCACUUCUCCUUCUCCAUUUUUAUGUACCUAUUUUGCACAAUUUACAUAUCGUGAAUCACGGAAAAGACAUGGCCUAAAAUUAAAAUUUUUAAAACUUCUUGAAAUAAAAUUUUUCAGCCGCCCAACAAAAAAGGAGAGAGACGAGUUCGAUCGGUUGGAACUGGAUUGGAUCGAGUUGUCUUAUCUGUUGCGAUGGGAGCAGUGCAAUCACAUCCGAAAGGGUUAGUAAAAACAUCGGCUCUGUUCGGAAACAAAAUCUGAGUUUCUAAAAAAUUAAUAUUUUUUAGGAAUCAUUUAUCAGUGCCACUCAAUCAAACUUCUUUGUUAAUUGAAGAAUAA